AUGUCUGUCAGCUGUGAUGAGAUAAACCUCAAGGGGGAGACUAAGGCCCUGGGUGUUGUUCAAUCAAGCUGUUCUUAUGCAAUGAAGAUGCAUGCAGCAGUGACACAUGCCUACUCAUGUAUUCCAACCCAGGGUUCAACUCCCUGGCAUCAAACUGAGGACAGUACAUGGCAGGGAAAUCCAUCCAUGCCUGUGCUUGUAUCAUGA